AUGGAAGCAGAAGGAAAAGAGGUGGAGAAAAAUUGGGGGAAAGGGGGAGGCUGCUCGCCCAGAGCCAGACAGCCGCUCGUCCACACGGCCAAGGGACGGACGGCGCAGGACACGGAGAAGCCGGAGCAGAAGUCGCACCUUUCUGCCAUGUGGCCACCAAGAGCGUCUAGUGACAUACUCCAGAUGAGGAUUACACAUCACUGCCACUGGGCAGCCCCAGCGCUGCGGCUCUCGUCCCUCAUCCUCCUGCUGCCGACCUGCCUGUCCCUUGAGGAGACCUUACUUCCAGUGCCCCCCGCCGCGGCUAACGCCUCCCAGGGCCUCCCCGGGGCCAUCAUCAUCGGCGUGCGGAAGGGCGGCACCCGGGCCCUGCUGGAGAUGCUGGACCUGCACCCGGCUGUGGCGGCUGCCCCGGCAGAGGUGCACUUCUUCGACCUGGAUGAGAACUACCGGCACGGGCUGGGCUGGUACCGGGCUCAGAUGCCCGCCUCUCUCCCGGGUCAGCUGACGGUGGAGAAGACGCCGGGUUACUUUGCGUCGCCUAAGGCUCCGGCACGAGUGCGGCACAUGGACCGGGCCGUGCGGCUGCUGCUCAUCGUCCGUGACCCGGUCCAGCGGCUCGUCUCAGACUACACGCAGGUGCUCCGCAACCGCCAGCUACGCAAGAAGCCCUACCCGGCGCUGGAGGAGCUGCUUUUGCGCCAGGGCAGGGUCAACCCUGGCUACCGGGCUCUCCAGCGGAGCCUGUACCACCUGCACCUGCGCCGCUGGCUGGCCCACUUCCCCAGGGCCCAGAUCCACGUGGUGGAUGGCGAUGCCCUCGUCCGUGACCCCCUCCCUGAGCUGAAGAGGACUGAGCGCUUCCUGGGGCUGCCGGCACGCAUCGGAGCCGCCAACUUCUACUUCAAUGCCACGAAGGGAUUCUACUGCCUUCGCCCCCUUGGCGGCCAUGACAGGUGCCUGGAUGAGUCCAAGGGCCGCGCCCACGCCCCGCUGGCUGCCGCGGUACUCCGCGCCCUCUGCCGAUUCUUCAGGGAGCCCAACCACACAUUCUUCCGUUUGGUGGGUCGCUCCUUCGACUGGUGCUGAUGCACUGCCUGUCAUCGUCUGCCAGUCAUCGGUGACGAAAAGCAGUAAGGGGAAGCCUAUUCAGAGACCCUUAGGACCGAGGACCACCAGCUGUGGGUAUGUCUGUAUAAAACACCGAGGGUCCCCUCGCAAGCCUCGACUUCGGGGAUAAGAGAGGCGGCGAACUGUCUGGGUCACGUCCUGUGGCAAGCCGGUGUUACUCUUUGGACCUGAAUGGCGUCUGAGUGCUGAAGACGGAAACUGUCUAGUCGUUUUUUGAGUCCCUUCCCCCUUUCUGCCUCUGCAUUGCCCAGCAAGACUACAAAACAACACUGUAAGCUUCAUCACACGGCACAAAGUGCAGCAGUUCUAGAAUUAUUUAAUAAUGCUGAGGCCAGCCAGCUGACAUGUGCAGUUGUAUACAAGGACAUUCAAUGAGGAGUCCAGCUUGUACUCGCAGACAAAGAUAACUGAAGAGACAGCCGCGCUACCCUGAUGUCAGACACGACCUCUAUUUCCGUCAUAUCCUCGGAACGUCCAGAACGGGAAAGCCAACUGCUUCAUAACAAACCGACUCACAAAUUCACACAAAGACACUGGCAGUGGACAAUGAGCAUCACCUGUGACCUGCAAGCCUGUAAUAAUUGGGGACAAGAUCUGAGAAGGAACUCAGAGCACAGUCAUCCAUUGACUUACACCCUAUCGAGUAACGUCCGAUCGUACUUACGUCCACGGCCCCAUAAGAGCCGUAGUAAAAUUUGUCGAGAGACGUCUGAAGCAGAUGCAGUGGGCAUUAGCGGGCAUGCGACAAGAACCAAAACAAACAGAUUAUGCUGCCACUGUAGAGCUUUGCAGAAAUUCAUGUGAUAUUGUAUCUUAUGUUAUACAGUAUAUUUGACUUCUUUCCUUAUAAUGAUCGAGAUGCAUCCAGAUUGACUUAAGUCCACGAUUUCGGAACAUAACCAGGACGUAAGUCUAUAAUAAUAAUGAUAUAAAAUAAUGGCAUAAAGUAUUAAUAUAAAGGAAAUUAAAACCUUAUACACAAGAGAUUGUAAGUGUAGCAGGUGUCUGUUGCAUUACUAGAUAAGAUAUACUAGUUAUGGUAGUGAUACUGUCCUUCCCUGAAGUCUGUUUCACCUUCCAACUUGCUGUCUUAUUAGAACAAUUCAGCAACUGCUUUGCAGACAUGGUCCAAAGCAUGGCCUUGGCGGGACAUGAACCAGCAACCUUCAGGAUAUAAGCUUGUGUCAUGAUCCACCUUUUUCAGUUGAUCAAAGUUCCAUGGGUUGUUGAUUUGUGCAGAGUAAAUG